AUGACGUCGCGCCUGGCGACAUCACAAUGUGGCCCCAUGCCGCGCGACAUUGGGACGUGCAACGACGACAAGUUAUUGUACAUUAUCCCUCCUGAGCAACCAUGUGCACUGGUGCAAGCGCAGCACGGAAGUGACAGCGGCGGCAGCAGCAAUGCUGAUGAUGACGAUGUGAACGUCGUUGGGGAGCUGUCCUACACUUUCACGCCAAGCAUUUUUGGCUGUGGCGAUGGGGUCACAGUGACUGAACUGCAGAACAGCCUCAGUCCCACGUUGAUCAUCAAUGCACCCACGUUUCUAGGCUCCAACUGCGACGUGGUUGUUGAAUUGCUGGCCACAGUUGACACCUUGACGGUGCUGGUGCCGAGCAAGGCGAACCUGUUCACUUUUCGUGUCAACAUCAAGUUUAGCACGGUGCUCGUCGCUGAAAGCAUUGUGGUGAAUGCAGAGGAGGACGGCACCAUCAGCGUGGACUUGCCAAACGUGCAACGCCUGCCAUCGCUCCAACUCAACAGCGCAGACUCGACAGACCUCACAGUCACCAUCGGCGACAAUGCACAAAGCAGCAUUCCCGGUGUCAUGGGUGUGUCAAUAUUGAGCAACAUAACUGUUGAUGGUGCUGGUGCCGUAACGAUGAAAGCUCAAGGCGCUUGCACCCACGUCAACUCUCUUCACACCCAACGGCACCACGACCUGUCAUUCAACACGUUUGUGGACAUUGGUCUAGCAACGUGGGCAGGCAGUCACGUCCCUUCCGUGAGAUGGAACGGGGAGGCGAGCUCGCUUCUAGACAUCCUGUACGGCGGGUUGCCGCGGCCUGACAUAUGCAUGACGACGACCACAACCACAACCACAACCACAACCACAACCACAACCACAACCACAACCACAACCACAACCACAACCACAACCACACCCACAACCACAACCACAACCACAACCACAACCACAACCACAACCACAACCACAACCACCACCACAACUACCACGACAGUUGCAAAGACACUCUCAACAACUACUGUCGGGGCGAGUCCAACAGCACCAACCACUGACACGACGAUUCGUCCAAACACCACCACCGCGUCGAUGCAAGACACCACGAGAGCGACAACAUCGGGCACGCCAGCAACCACACAGGCGACAAUGACCACAACAACAACAACAACAACAACAACAACAACAACAACAACAACAACAACAACAACAACAACAACAACAACAACAACAACAACAACAACAACAACAACAACAACAACAACAACAACAACAACAACAACAACAACAACAACAACAACAACAACAACAACAACAACAACAACAACAACAACAACAACAACAACAACAACAACAACAACGCCCAUGAUGAGCACCACCACAAAGACCACCACCACUGCCCCUACCACCACCACCACAAAGACCACAAAGACCAUCUGCACUGAUUGCAGCACUGGCGGCACAACGGCAACCGCAGCAACAACUACAACGGCUACAUCGAUCGCUACGAUCUCAAUCACCGCUUCAGCUUCAACCUCAGUCACGACGGCCGCUCAAGCCACCUCCUCAACGACGCACACUUUCGCUCCUGGGCUUGGGCCAACGACCUCAACGCCAAACGCAAGCCUGCCUUCCUCAUCGUCAUCAUCGUCAUCAUCAUCUGUUGCUCCAAAUCAUGCAAGCCCGAAUCCAUCAGAGUCAAAUGCUUCCGCGUCAACCUGGGCCGCGCCCGUCGGUGCCGCUGGCGGCGGGCUUGUAUUGGUCGUUGUUGCGGUUGCAGCGGUUGCCACGUAUCGCAAAGGCCGCCGCCAUCGCACAGCCCCACAGAUUGGUGCGUCCGAGCCACACACGGUCAUGCCUGUGCUGUCAACCAUUUCUGGUUGCGUGCAUGCACAAAACCGCGGGUUCGAUGCUGUGUGGCUGGAGGACAACCCAUUGUACGAAUCAACAGGCAGGCGUGCAUCCGUCUCUGUGUUGUAGGAUCACCGGUGACAGAGGUCUAGAGAGUUACAGGGUUACGGCCGUCAGCCAAGCUUCUGCAAGUCGGAAUCGAUGGUCACAAACAUCCCUUCCCUUGCUUGCACUCCAGCCAUGAGAUUUUGGAGGCAAGUUGUUCAAGUGGUCAGUUCCGAGGGCGAGGGCGGCCCACGCGGCUUGUAGCUCAACACCCUCCUGCAACGCAUGCGUAUUUCAGUCUUUAGCACCUGUUCUUCGCUUCUGCGUUCGGUUUUACUUUGUUUCUUAGCUCGUCACCACUGCCUGCGGCAGUGGCAGGUGCGACGUGUGAUGGCGCCCUCAAGGUGGUGUCAUGAGCCAGAGAACACGCUGUCAUUUCUAUCAUUUGUUGCUGCCCGUUGUUGUGGCCGUUGUGCGUGCUCUUUUUGCCUUGUUAGCCUUGUUAGCUUGCUCACCUGAUGGCACUUUGUGUCACAGUCAUGCUCAUGUGUUGUGAUUCCGGACCACAAAGGCAGUUGGUACUCCAUUCGUGUAAUUGAUAUAUACAGUCAGGUUCAC